AUGUCAAGUUUACUGUUACGCCAGAUUUGCAACAGGAAGCUUCGAGGAAGUCUCAUUUCGCAGGGGAGGCGCAAUGCUGGACGCGUCUAUUCGACAGCGGACAGUGAGCGGCCCUUUCGAUGCGCCGUGAUCGGAUCGGGGCCGGCAGGCUUCUAUGCUGCCUACCGUAUGCUGCAGAAGAUGCCGAAUGCUCGCGUCGACAUGUACGAGGCCCUGCCGUCUCCUUAUGGUCUGGUCCGUUUCGGUGUUGCUCCAGACCAUCCUGAAGUAAAGAAUUGUAUAGACAAGUUCGUCGAAGUGGCAUCACAUCCUUCCUUCACCUUCAUUGGCAACACGACCGUCGGUUCCGCUCCGUCCGCUCUACCUCUGUCCGCCAUUGCUCCCCAUUACAACGCCCUCCUCUUCUCUUAUGGCGCCUCGCAAGAUCGCAAGUUAGGUAUUGCAGGUGAGGACUUGACUGGUGUUCUCUCUGCUCGUGCCUUUGUUGGCUGGUACAACGGUCUGCCGGAAUAUGCACAUCUCUCUCCUACCCUCGAUAGCAGUGACGAGGCUGUAGUCAUUGGCCAGGGAAAUGUCGCCCUGGAUGUCGCGAGAGUCCUCCUCUCACCGCUCGAUAGGCUUAGGCACACAGACAUGACCGAAGCUGCGUUGGAGACCCUCUCCAAGAGUAAGAUACGCAGAGUCAGAGUUGUCGGAAGAAGAGGUCCGCUGCAGGCUCCCUACACUAUCAAGGAAGUCCGCGAGUUGAUGCAACUUCCUGGUGUCGCCUUCCACACUCCCGACCGCUCCCUGCUCCCUCAAGAGCCCAAGAAGUUGCCUCGUCCCCUCAUGCGUAUCGCUCAGGUCAUCGAAAAAGGCUCUCCUACCGCGGUGGAAGAAGCAAAACGGCAUUGGGAAUUGCACUACAUGCGCAGUCCCGUGGCUUUCGAGGAAAGCUCUCACAGCCCUGGCACUCUUAGUGGCGUCCGCGUUGACGAAAUGGAGUUUAUUCAAGAUCCGUCUUCCGUUCCCUUGAGCGAUUCAGACGCUUUGAAGAGCAUGCGAGUCAAAAAGAAGGAGGCGGGGGUAAGCGAAGUGCUCAAAACAAAUCUCGUCUUCCGUUCGGUUGGCUAUCUGUCAGAGCCUAUAGAAGGCUUCGAAGAGCUUGGCAUCACAUUUGACCGCAAGAUGGGCAUCAUCCCAAAUGACGUCUAUGGUAGAGUACUGAGUCCAGAUCGUGGACCUGGCGCACUCGGCGCGGGACAUGUCCCCGGAAUGUAUGCUGCAGGCUGGGUGAAGCGCGGUCCUACUGGUGUUAUUGCCAGUACCAUGCAAGACGCUUUCACCAGCGCUGACAUUGUCGCAAAAGACUGGGCAGAUGGUGUCACCUUUAUCGGCAACGACAAUGACCCGAAAGCAGGCUGGAAUGAAGUCAAGAAAGAAGCUGAGAAACGUGGCAUUCGAAGCAUCAAUUGGGAAGACUGGAUGAAGAUCGACAAGGAAGAGAAGAGAAGAGGGCAAGCCAAGGGCAAGGAACGAGAAAAAUGCCAUUCAGUACAGGAGAUGCUGAAGAUCCUCGACGGUUGA